CCGGAGUUUUGUAAACUUACGCUAUCCGAGAAGUGGGAGCAAGGCAGCAGGAGUGAGGAAGACAAUGCCAAGAUAACGAAACGCCGAUCAUACUCGGCUGUUUUCCGCUAAUCUCAGCCUGCUGGAAGGCAAUUGAUACCGCCGGCAGCUAAAUAAUCAGAAGCUGGUGUUUCCCUAACCUCUUUUAUCCGGUUCAUCUCUUGCGGAAAUUGGGCAAGCCAUUUCUUGGCAUUGAGUGAAACUAGGGUUUACAAUGGCUGCUCGUUCGGUGUCUCUGAUACCGUUUUCUUAUUUGCCGCUCUCAAAAUUGGGUUCCCGGAAGGAAUGCUGCUCUGUUCCGUUUUUGCGUUUCGAGCUGAACAAUGAGAUUCUGGGUAAAUGUGUGGCUGGAGCGGAGAAUCGGCUUGUUUGUGUCCGAAAGAGGCGUCCAUCGACGACCGUGUAUUUCAUGCUCCCUACAGCGAAGCCAGAGAGAGACCCGACAAAUAGCAUUCCGAAGUGGUCUGCAAGGGCUAUUAAAUCUUUUACCAUGGCCGAGUUGGAAGCUCGAAAGCUGAAAUAUCCUAAUACUGGGACGGAGGCCCUUCUUAUGGGAAUACUUGUCGAAGGGACCAGCUUUGCAUCCAAAUUCUUGCGCAAUAAUGGCAUUACACUUUUUAAAGUCCGGGAGGAAACCAUAAAAUUGCUUGGGAAAUCUGAUAUGUAUUUCUUCAGUCCGGAGCAUCCACCAUUGACUGAUCCAGCACAGAGAGCACUCGAUUGGGCAGUGGAUGAAAAAAUUAAGUCAGGAAAAAGUGGGGAGGUCACUGUGACCCAUUUGCUGCUUGGAAUCUGGUCAGAAAAGGACUCAGCUGGUCACAAGAUUAUGGCUCUUCUUGGUUUUGAUGAUAAGAAAGCAGAAGAGCUUGCUGCAUCUAUGGAUGGAGAUGUAGCCCUGACCGCAGCCUAGAAAGUUAGAUGAUCUGAAGCUUGGAAUAUUUGAGGCAAUUCUUACGUCUUCUACCAUUUUUCUUGGUCUUAUACCCAGUAGCAAAUCAAAACAAUAGGUUCUGUCGAAAUGGUUUUGGUUGUAUUUUAGGCACAGAGUUGUACCUGAGGAAAAUUUGUGUACUCAUCUUGAGAGGACAAACAUUCUUAUGAAAUGAAUAAUCAUAAUCUCUCGAUGAUUUUAGAGUAAUGAAAUGCUGGUUCUGGUUCCUUAGCA